AUAAUGAAAACUUACAAGUAGACUAAAAUCAUUGCUGUCAAUCCGAAUCUGAGGUCAAAAAUUUUGCACAAAAGAAUUUGAAGAAUUUUCCAAAAUGAGGCCGUAGGUCGAAUUGAUAUAUAGGCUCAAUUUCCUAAUAAAUCUUAAAGAGAAUGGUCACGAAUUGAUAAGAAAGGCAGCAUCAUUUUACGCCUCUGUAAAGCUAUGAUUGUGAUGAAUUGUCUUGAGUUGACAGAGGAAGCAAGAAGAAGAUACGCAAAGCAACUGUGAGCAAUAUUUUUAACAACCCUCGGUUGCCAAAGCAAUGCAUAUACGGGCUUAACGUGAAUAAAUUAACAUAAAAUUGAUCAUGUGCGUUUAACUUUGCUUUUCAAUAACUGUUGCUUUAUAUUUUCUAUCUUGCAACAAGAACACGGUUGCCUUCCUUCUGGCUUGAAAUUGGAACCCAAAGUACCCUCGUAUUCAUCAGUUUGGGUGGGAACGAGAAUAGCGGAAAAGAAAAAAUGGCCGAAUGAAUUUAUCCUAAACAGAAGAAGUUUCUUGGCGUGCAUUGGAUAAUGGAGCAGGUUAUAAAAAUCUGUGACAUGGGAUUAUAUGCAGACCUUAUACUUGAUGUGGAAUAUUCAGAAAAAUUAAGCAUUAAUAGCUUAAAUUACCGAAAAUUUGAAUCUGAAAAAGUGAACAAAACAUGACGACCCUCUCGAGUGAAUAGUUUGUCAGUUGCCCCUUGAAAGAAAAUUCAAGACAAUACUUAAGCGAAAAAUCGGUCAUUUACUUCAAAAAUGGUAUUUUCGUGAGGCGAGAAUAUCUUGUAGCAACAAUGAGCAGCUUCGACUCAGAUGAAACUCUGAUGGAUGAAAGUGAAGCUGGUAGCUUCAAGACUAAUCAGGAAUCAGGUAGAGAUGUUUGCUUGCUUUCAAAUAAAGACCACGAUAAACUGAAUACAAUAAAAGAAAGAAAGCUGCAUUCCCUUACAGAAAAUACAGAUCAUCAGAAAAAGAUUUUGGAACUAACGCCAUCAAAACAAACUGUUUGGUGUGUUGGAGAACAUUGCAUGGCACCAUUUAGUGGGGAUGGCAAGUUUUAUGAAGGAACUAUUGAGAAAAUUUGCAGAGACUCAAAUCCAUACAGAGCUCAAGUUAGAUAUAUAGGGUAUGAAUCUGAUGAUUGUGAGACAGUUCCAUUGUCAGUUCUUUGUUUAUCUCCACAAACAAAAAUAAUCACAGAAAGAAAAGCAGAAAACAACCCUAUAAAAGAAUCAAAUGUCUUGAAGAAAUACUCUGAUAAGAAAGAAAAAUACAUGAAACAAAAAUAUGAGAGUUCAGAGGAAGAAUCAGUCAAAAAUACAGAAGAUGUUAGGAGAAAAAUUAGUAAGAAAAGAAAGCUUUGCUUUGAUGGAGCCUCCAACAGAAAAUCAGCCCCUCCAACUGCUUCAAACACACUUGCAAUAGAGCCAUCCCUUGAAAAUGAUAAUGGCUCAAAAAAUAAUAAGGAGAGCCCUAGUAAAUCCUUUGAGCUUGGUUUUACUGAACAUGAUCUGGAAAAGCCUCAUUUUGAAAUCGAACCAGUUUCUGAGAAAGUUCCAUUUGUUUUGUCAAGCAAGGAUGAGGCCAAAGUUGUAAAGAUUCCAUCGACAAUAAAUCAGUAUUUACGGGAUUAUCAGAGAGAAGGUGCUUUAUUCAUGUACAAGCAUAUGUUAAAAGGAGAAGGCUGUGUUCUUGGUGAUGACAUGGGCCUUGGCAAAACAGUUCAGGUCAUUGCACUAAUUUCUGCUGCGUUUGGCAAAACAGGUACCAAGGAAGAUGUUAUCCCGUCAUUUAUGAAAAAGAAAAAGGAACAAGCCCGUGAAAGAGACGGCCCUUUCUUGAUUGUAUCACCUUCGUCAGUUCUGUACAACUGGGAAGACGAACUCAAUACAUGGGGCUACUUCAGCAUUUCUCGAUUUCACAGGGCGUCAAAAACAGAAACCAUCGAGAAGGCCAAACGAAGAAAACUGGAUGUUGUCCUUACCACAUAUGAAACGUUUCGAAGCCAUGUUGAAGAAAUGAACGCUAUUGACUGGAUAUGUAUUGUCAUGGAUGAAGCUCAUAGGAUAAAAGAGCCGAAAUCUCUAGUUACGAAAGCCGCAAAGAAAAUGAAAUGUCGAUGCAGGAUUGGUCUAACAGGAACACCCAUGCAGAACAAAAUGGAGGAGCUAUGGUGUCUGCUGGACUGGGUCAAUCCUGGUUGCCUUGGUUCCCUGGAGGAAUUCACGGAGCACUUCGCAUUGCCGAUUAAGCAUGGCCAAACAUUCGAAGCCACAAAACGGCAGCUAGCAACUGCUAGAAAAAAGCAACAAGAAUUUGCAUUGCUGAAAGAGAAAUGGAUUCUGCGGAGGACGAAGGACAUUUUGCAAGAUCAGCUCCCUCGAAAAGAUGAGCGAGCUGUCUUUGCGCCAUUGACGCAAAUUCAGACUGCGCUUUACGAGGCUAUCGUUGACUUGCCAUCAAUUCAAACUGCGGUGUUAAGCAAAGUCUCUGAUUCAAAAAAGGCUGAAAAAGAAGAAGUUGAGAAGCAUCGAGCAGAAAUUUUCCAUGUUAUAACGUUGCUAAGGAAGGUUGCUAACCACGCAGCAUUGCUUUUGCCUUACCACAAAGCUUCCAAAAAACAACAGGAAAUGGCAUUGUCAGUCUGCAAAAAGAUUUUCGGAAAAUUUCCUGAAUUGGAAGAUAUCUAUCGAGACGGAUCGUUUGCCAAGAUGUCUGACUGUAAAUUUUCUGGAAAACUUAGAAUCGUUGACAGGCUUUUGAAUUCAAUGCAGCCUGGAAAAGAUAAAGUUCUUCUAUUCUCGACUUCUGUUCAGCUUUUAAACAUAUUGGAAGCAUAUGUGCUCAGCAAAGGUUACAUCUACAGGCGGUUGGAUGGGGAUACGAGGCCUGACAAUCGGAUGCAUGUCAUCAGGGAAUUCAACAACCAAUCAGAUGUGUUCAUUUGCUUAGUUUCAACCAAAGCGGGAGGUGUUGGGUUGAAUUUCACCGGAGCAAAUGUUGUUAUCAUUUUCGACCCUUCGUGGAACCCAUCUUAUGACAAUCAAGCCGAAGACCGUGCUUACAGAAUCGGACAACACCGAAACGUGAGAGUUUAUCGACUGAUCAGCGAAGGCUGCAUCGAAGAAAAUAUUUAUCUUAGACAAGUGUACAAACAGCAACUUUCAAACAUUGCGAUUGAAACAAGCAACGAGAGACGUCUUUUCAAAGGUGUUGCAGGCAGCAGAACAAACUAUGGAGAGCUUUUUGGUUUAAAGAAUUUAUUUGUGCUGAGGAAAACUGGCUCGAAUCUUACAAACGAUGUUCUUAGAAGAACAGAAAAGAUUGAAUGCGGUGUUAGGAGCUCAGAAUAUGAGUUGAAAAGAUCCUUGAGCAAUAAGGAGUACAAGAGAGAUGUGACCUUAAACUCUGAUUUAGAUGAAUACGAAGACAGUCAAUGUAUUGAAGAAAUUGAAAGUGACCUUGAGGCCGAUGUCAAUGAAACUUAUAGCACACAGCAACGAGAUCAUUCAGGGCAGAGAGCUUGUGAUAGAGAAAAUGACGUCGUAAGUGAAUCUUCAACAGACAAUGAGCUCUAUCCGCCACUGCGAUGGAAGCAAGGGCGAAAAGAAGGUGUUGAAAGCUCUUCACUCUCCAGGGGAGCCAAGAAAAAAAAUUAUAUGAGGAAAAAUGCAAAAGUCAGAAAGAAGAAGAAGAAGAGAGGUUCUUUUAUUGAAAGCACAAGUGAUGACACGUCUUGUGAAGAGGAUAAAACUCCCCAAAGGUAUCGUAGGAAAAAUUCAACACUGAAGGAAGAUGCCAAAGAAUCAAUUGACGAUAUUCUAGAUGAAUGUGGUGUCACGUAUACCAGUACGAAGAAGAAAGUUUUAUCAAAAAGCGUCGCUGAAGACAUGAUGUCAAAGGAAGCAAUCAAGGAUGUCUUCUGGAAUGGAAUUUAUUCACAGCAACCUGCACACUUCAUCGACCAUUCGUCAAGUGAAGAGAGCGAUGACGUACUGUGCACAGCAAGAAGUAAGAAACCGGAUGCGGAAAAAGCUUCAUGUAGUAGCCGGACUGAACAAGAUGACAGAAAUCCUCCUUACUCUACGUCAUCAAAGCAACGAAUAUUUGAACGGGUUGGAAAAGAUAUGUUUUUAAUAGGUGAAACUCCGCCUCUUUUAAGAAAACAACAGUUCGAGAAGAUCAGCAAAUAUUUCGGGUUUGAGACUCCUUUGGAGUUUGCGAAAGAAUUAGUUAAAUGUUCAGAGGGGGAGCUCAAACUGAAAUUGUUAGAUUUCUAUAAAUCAGAAGAACCAUCGAUUGUGCGGAUUUCGUCAUUAAGGAAUGUUUAUUUUGUUGCGAAAGAGAAAAGUCAUUGUGCUAACCCCGGGCAAUCCCAGAAUGCCUUGCGAGGCAGGUCACAAAGAAAACAGGAGGCAGGAGUCAAGACUCGACUAAGAAAUCACGGAAAGCAAAGUUUUUUAUCGAGAGGAAAAAGGAGACAAAAGAAAAUUGAGUUUGAGCCAGACCUUGUGUUUGAAAGAGAUCGUAGGGACGAGGGUGUUGUGUCCGAUGAUGAAAAUGUUGCUGCAAAUUGUCAUAUUGAAGUAGAUGAGCAUGGAUCUUUCAAUAGUUCGUCUGAAAGUGAUAACGUUAUCUCUCAUUUUGAUAAAAGGAUGACGCUCAAACUGCAAGCUGAAAUGGGCCUCAACAGGUUCAAAAGCCGAAUCUCUUUUGACGAUGUAGGCUGUAAAAGAUCUACAGAAAAUAAUGAAGAAAAUGUACAGUUAUCACUAGAAUUGACUAACUCUGAGGGCAGUAAUGGUAUUCUUGAUGACUUGAUGUUCUCCCCUAUUAACAGGGCUUCGAGGCCGUCUCAGCCUGAUUCUGAGCAUCCAGUGGAUAUCACAAUGUUGUGUAGUUGCAAAGGACUGGGUGAGGCAUGCAAGAGAAUAAUUACAGAUGCUAAUGAAUCACCGUUGCCUUUGUCGGUCCUUGAUGAACUGAUGCACGGAGUAGUGCAUAGUAGCGAAACAGAGAUUAAUGAAGGAGCUUUAAAAGAGCAUACUGGAGAUGAGCUCGUCGUUUCAGAUAAAGGUCGCAUUAUUUGUGCCAACACUUGCCAAUCACAAGAUUCUCCAUCAGUUUUAGAUGAGUUGAUGGGGUGAAAUUCAUCUCUUUUAUCACACCCCUACAGUAAUGAAGGACCACUCCUUAACGAAAUCAACUUGUUCUUGUAUUCCUUCUAGAUGGUAAAAGCCUUGUAUCAGAAGUUUCCUAUGUAUUAACACUUCACAACAAUGGACCAACAAAGAGCCCCACAGGUGCCUUUUGCGUGGAGGUACUUUACUUUUAGGAAUUACACUUUUGUUUCAGCUUUUACAGAUUACCAAAGAAAUUCGCUAACUUGGGACUCCCAAUUUUUCUUAUAAUAUAAUG